GGUUCCACGCUGCUGUUACGAAUAAGUUUUGGGUAGGAAGAGAGGAUGAUGAUGAUGAGGUCAGAGUUCAUCGUGCUGUGUUUACUGUUUGGAGCUGCAGCACACAUCCAGGCCUUCCCAGAAUGCAACAAGAAACAUGAGUGUCCUAUAGACGUGUACUUUACGAUCGACACGUCUGAGACCAUCGCCCUGCAAGAACCUCCCCCUGGAUCACUGGUGGAGAGCAUUAAGAUGUUUACGGAGCGUUUUGCAGAGCGUCUGGAGGAUGCUGACUAUAAAGGUCUGGUCCAGAUCAGAUGGCAGUUAGGAGGACUACACUUCUCCCAGAGACAACAGGUCUUCAGCCGCAUACAGGCCAAGGACGCCUUCAUCCAGGGGGUGAGGGGUAUACGGUAUCUAGGUAAGGGAACCUACAUCGACUGCGCCCUCGCCAACAUGACACAGGAAUUGACACGCUCGCCUUCGGACCCCAGGGCACUGCGAUUCGCUGUCAUCAUCACCGACGGUCACGUGACAGGAAACCCGUGCGGCGGGGUGAAGGUGACGGCGGAAAGAGCGCGCGACGAGGGCAUCAGGAUGUUUGUGGUCGCGGCCACGAAGAACGUGGACGAGACGGGUCUGAGGGAGAUCGCUAACUCUCCGGCCAACGUCUACAGAAAAGACUUCCUGGCUGUCGACCUCAGUGGCAACAGGCCUGUUAUACAGCUGGACACUAUAGACCGCAUCAUCAAGACCAUGACCCAUCUGGCCUAUCAGGAGUGCUACAAGGUGAAGUGUCUAGAGACAGAAGGACCUCCUGGUCCCAAAGGACACAGAGGACAGAAGGGAAUCAAAGGAGACAAUGGUAACUCCGGUCUGAAAGGGGAGAGGGGAAGACAGGGCGACCCCGGCAUCGAGGGUCCCAUUGGUCAACCAGGAGUCAAGGGUGAAAUCGGUCUGGAGGGUGAAAAGGGAGAGAUCGGAGCUGAGGGGACGAAGGGUGUGGCCGGCCUCGCUGGACGCAACGGGACAGACGGACAGAAGGGGAAGAUCGGACGCAUCGGCGCUCCCGGCUGCAAAGGAGAUCCAGGAGACAGGGGUCCUGAUGGUCACGCAGGAGACAUGGGCAAUGGUGGACUUCCUGGAACAGAAGGAGAGAAGGGAGAUCCCGGUCGACCAGGAAGCGCAGGCCCCCUCGGCCCGGUGGGAGACGCUGGACCUAAGGGUGAGAGAGGGAGUUCCGGCUCGCCUGGCUUCCCUGGAGCCAAAGGAACACCAGGAACUAUUGGAGGCCCAGGAGACAAGGGAGAACUGGGGAGAAGAGGAGACUUUGGGCCAGUGGGGACCGCGGGACCAGACGGAGUUAAAGGAGACAAGGGCGAGGCAGGACCUGAGGGGCUGAGAGGACUGCCAGGUGAAGUAGGAAACAAAGGAACCAAGGGGGACAACGGACUCCCGGGGCCACGCGGGCCCCCCGGUACUUCAGGAGCGGCAGGGAAGAACGUAGGUCACAGAUCAGAGCUUCACCAGUCUGAUCACAAUGCUUUCCUAAUGUUCUUGUCUUCCUGUCCUGGUACCGUGGCGACCCCGGUGAUGACCGGACGAGAGGAGACCCCGGCCUGGCAGGACCAAAGGGCGAUGUGGGAAGAGCUGGCUUCAGUUACCCAGGACCAAGAGGACCAACGGGUGAACGUGGGGAGAAGGGCGGUCCAGGGCCCAGAGGAGGCAGAGGAGACUGUGGCCCCAAGGGAGGACCAGGGGGAAAGGGAACCUCUGGAGAGGAGGGAGAACCAGGGCCUCAGGGAGAACCUGGAUUCAGAGGACCAAGAGGAGUGGGUGGACGAGACGGAGAUCCAGGUCCUGAGGGAGAUCCCGGCCUCACAGUAAGAACCUCUAUCCCCUCUCCCUCUACCCAAUCUAUCCCCUCUACCCCUCUAUCCCCUCUCCAUCUAUUCCCCUGUAUCCCUCUAUCCCCUCUCCCUCUACCCAAU